CUGCCACAACAGAAAAAAACGGCGGAUUAUGAAAUAAAAUUUCAACACAAAUAAUUCCAUUUAAUAUUUUAUAUACAUUUAUAAAGUUUUAAUAAGAAAAAACUUAAAUCAUAUUUAUUUUAUAUUCAUGAAAUGUCUGUGAACAUAACUGUGAAUGGAAAGUAUAUCAAAAAUUGUCCAAGGCACGAUUUGCUCAUAGAUUCUGAUCGAGCUAAAAAGGAGAUCGAAAAUGAAUGUAGAAAAAUGCGUAUACAACAGGUUCGGAAUAUGGCCAAAAACAUUGCCAAAAAGGUGAGAACGGAUGUUGAAUUGGAAAAACAAAACCAACUUAAGAAAAUAGAAGAGAUUAAGGCUCAAGAAAUAAAAAUGUGGCGCCAGAAUGUCCUUGCCCAAAAAGAAAAGGAUUUUAGAUCGUCAAUUUUUCAUGUUGGUACAGCACACCGAGCUGCCGAUAAAGAAAAUAAAGGACAAUUGGAAAAAGUGAAAGCAUCAAAAAAUAAGGCCAGAAAAGUGGUGUCAAUGUCUAAGAAACAAGUUGAAAAGGAAAACAUACGUAGAAAUGCAAAUGUUCAAACUGAUAUAUCGGGUAAUUGUUACGCCCAACAAAACGUAGCUUUUAAGGAUAUGAACAAAAACAAUACUGCCGAAAAAACGAACAAAUCAAAUUUCAAUGGAAUGUCUUCAGAGUUGGAAAAUGAUUCAUCAGAUUUCUCGUCUUUCCCUUCGCAAAACAGUUCCCUUUCACUAUCAGAUUCUGAAAAUAUUUACAAAAAUGAUAUUUCCAAAAAAAAAUCAGUAAGUAAGAAGCAAGUAAAGAAAACUGGUCCAGUUUUGUUGGAAGUUGUUUCUAAUGAAAAUGAUUUAAUUUCAAAACAACAACAUUUAAAACCACAAAAAUCUGUAGCAAUGGACAAACAAGAGGAAUUAAAGUUAUCUGCUGAAGAAGUCUUACAAGUUCCUUCGACUUCAACUGCUGCAAAAUUACGUUUUACCCAAAUAAGCGAUAUAAUUCGUCGGCAAAAGGUUGUGGAUGAUACAGAACAGCGAACAUUGAGAGAACAACAUCAAAAAACACCCUCCAAAAUAAAGCCUCCAAUGUCUCGUUUGCAGAGAUCUCUAAAAGAAGACUCAUUAAAAUCUUCUGGUAAUUCUCGACCAUUUAGUACCCAAACAGGAUCUAAAACCAGCUCAAGCCGAAGUACCAACACGCGGGUACAGUUUUUUGACUACAACAAUAAGUUCCAUAAGCAAUACGAUCAACCAACUUCGGCAGUUGAAAUACACGAACCGGUCACCAAUACAGAGGCAGAAAUGAACGCCAUGGAAUUAGCAGCGUUGGAAAAUAAAUCUCGAGAAACCAAAGAAAUUGAAAUUAACAAACUCAGACAACAAUCCAAAGAACGAUAUCAGAAGGCAAUAGAAAGGGAACAAGUUCGCCGUGGUUGUGAAGAAUUGACUGCUAAAUUAGAUGCUCUUACUAAACAAGGCCAGCUUUUACCAUCCGAUAAUCGUCAGUUUGCAUUCCAUAGAAUUCCCCAAGUCACUAAAGAACAUGAAACCAAACUAAACAAUGCUGUCGAAGGUAUUCUUAAAAGGCCAGCCAUUAUAACUUGUCCAUUAAUAGAUCGUCCGAAACCCGAUAUUGCUAUUGGAGCAGUUCAUCAACCAAAUACUCAAAUCGAUGGAUUAAACCUAGAAUCAGCGUUCAAACAAAAUAUUAAUAACUCAUUAAAUUCAUCUGAUAGUUGUGGCUCCAUAUUGUUAGGAUAUGUUGACGAUCAUAGUAAACAAAUUGCUUAUGAUAUUCAAAAAUUUAAAAAGCAACACGGGGAAACCGACAAUGCGAAAGCUGAAAAACUACAAAAUCUUCUCAAUCGAAUAAACAAGCUACGAGAAAACCUAAUCAAAGAGCUUGAACAGUGUUCAGUUGUGGAUGUUUCCGACAAAAAUCGUGUCCAAAAUAUGAUGGAUUCCCUUACAGAUUUAAGAAAAGAACAUGAAAAUAUUUUAAUCCAUAAUAGCGCAAAAGAUUCGAUUGAAGCUCGAGAAAAUAAUUUAAAGAAAAAAGAAGCUGUGUUAGAGAAAAAACUAAGAGAAUUUUAUGAAAUGCACAAAGCUGCAGAGAAAUCGAAUCGGUUAAAUACUGCUCAAGAACGAACUGAAGAACUUCAAAAUAAAUCAAAAGAAAAAGAUGAACAAAAAGAAUCUGACGAAGUGAUAAGACCAAAAAAAACGUCAAAGAAAACAGUAGAACCAAACAUUCAAAAUUAUCAAGCUAGCAAUGAAAAUAGUGGAACAGUAGGAAAACAGUCAAAAAAAUCAAAGAAAAAAGAGCGAAGAGAUACGAAUCAAAUUAUAGUAAACGAACAAAAAGAAUCUUCAACCUCGGAUGAAGAAUUCGAAGAGGAUAUUCUUGGUGAACGAAAACUAGUUGUAGGGCAAGACCCAGUACAAAUUGUUAUAAAAGUUAAAUCAAGAAAAACAAAUAAAAUACCUUCUAAAAGUCCAAGAAAGCUUUCCACAUUAAUUCACAGUCCAGUUCUCAAAAAACCUCGUCGAAAACUAACAUCGGUUCGGUCGAUCGAUUCAAAUUCGACUUCUUACCAAAGUCUUCCAAGUAAAAUUCAAACAAACGCUGACAAAAUUUUGAAAAAUGUUCCUCAAAUUUUGAAGACUGAAUCAGAAGUAGUUAGUGAUGAAGAAAGUGAAUACUCCAAAAAGAAAAGUACCAAUCUCAAUCCGCUCAUGGCUCAUUAUGUGCAGCGAUUACUUGGUAUGUCAAGAACUUCCAUCAAUGCACUUGGUGUAACGAGUUCUGACAUCGAAACACCAUCAAAUUCUGUCAUAAACACGACAGCUAACCUAACGGCUGCAGAAACAGAAAGAUUAGCAUCAAAACGGUUAAAAAAUGUACAAAAGUUUAUUGAAGAUAAUUACAGUUUUAUUGGAGAAUUAGAAGAAUCUAUACGCCAAUCUAAUUCGACUGAUUCUAGUCUGAAGAAUGUGGAACUUGUUUGGAAGGAAACUCUCAAAGAAACUAAAAGCAAAAAGGAAGACCCUCGGUUAAAAGAACCUCUCAAGUCAUCUCUUAAAAAAUCCUCAAAACCAAAAAAACCUGAAUUUCAAAACGAGAAACAGCCCCAGGUUGAUAAGGCAACUCAAAUGACAGACAACUGCACUCAAAGAAUUGCUGAGCUAACAGAAAUGAUUAUGAAGGUACGCAGAGAAAAACAAAAAAUUCUCGAAACGACAUUAUCAUCAACCAGUGAGAAUGGACGAAAUUCCACAGAGUAUUUGAAUUUACCAGAACGACACAAUAAUAGCAAUGAAUCCAGUAGCAAAAUUCUUGAUUCACAAUUGCUGAAAUCUGCAGAUAUUUUGCAUUCAAAAUCACCUGAAACGGGUCCACGUCUUGAAAAAGACAAAAUCACAGGAAUGAGCCGAGACAGUGGAAUUUCGUUGUCUAGACCCAUAACAGUUCAAGAGACGCCCGAAAGUCCUAUUGAUGACGACUUGCCUCAAGUGCAAUCGUCCAUUGAAUCGCUUUCCGGUCAAUUUAAGAAACCAAAGCCUCCUAUUUCUAUAGCUCGCUAUAGCCCACAGCUUCCUGCCGAAGAAAUUCCCCACGAGCUUUCAACUAUUUUUGAAGUAGACACGCCAGCCACAUCUAGAUUAAAUACAUCACUUCAUGCCCCAAGUGUUCAAGAACAAGUUUUGAAAAACAACGAUCAUCGAAAUGAUCAAAUCACUUAUAGACAAUUUCCAACAUUUGAAAAAUAUGUGAGAAUGAAUAAUUUAGAUAUGACCCAAUUCGAUCCAGAGUUCAGUAUUCAAUUGGAAAAAGAGUUUAAUGAAUUUAUAAAUUUCGCAAGAGUAGGGAAGGCUGCUGAAUAUGCGGAGUUUGCAUCAUUUACCAAAUAUAUAUCAAAUUCUUCACAUAGCGAAAGCAAAGAAGCAGCGGUGGAACUUCUGGCGUCACUUAAAUUAGCGAACCUUUCCUUUAAAAGAUUUCCCACACAAAAAGAAUACCUUGCUAAAAUUGGUGUGUCGGAUUCCGAUUUACUAGACUCUCGAAGUUUUGAUAACUUGGAAAGCAGUAAAAAGUUAAAUUCGAACAGCUCAUCAGAGUCGUCAUUAUUAAACAUUGAAAAGGAACUACAACUACGAGAUAUUAUUUCCAAACCAUUUCAACAACAGCCUCUGCAAAGGGACAAUGGAGAAAAAGGUUCAAGUUCCAUCACAGGUUCUUCAAUAAACGUACAAAGUAGACAACAAGCUGACAUUUCCGGCAUAAGACAAUUUACUUUAAUAUCGUCGGACGAGAAAUCAACUAACCUAGAAGAGGAUUUAAAAAAAAUGGGCUUAAAAUGGCCGAGUACCAUGAAAAAGAAAACUAUUGAAACCCAAGCCCUCAGCAGUAGUACUUCGUCAAAUUUUGAACAAUCUGCGUUUACGCCUAAACGAAAAACAUUUAAUUUCACCCAAGGAUCCGAAAAUAGUAUGCAAAACAAAGUCCAAACAGCUCAAGACACAACAACACUAACCGAGGAUAGUGGGCAAAAACUCAAUUUGCGUGAAUUUCUGAAAAAAGAGCUCCUUAAACGAACUGUAACAUCGUCGUCCCUUUCUUUCAGUGACGAUUCAGUAGCAAGUUCGAUUUUACGCUCUAUUCUCGGUUCAAUUAACUCAUCUGGCGGACAGCAACAGCCAAAUGAAGUAGGAGUACCUACCCUAGAUCGACAUAAAACGUCUACACCAAUGGCUUCCCAGUCAAUUUCGUCUAACAAGGUUGGAAGUAAGUCACAUGGAGAGACAUCAUCGGUACAAUUGUUUUCAGGAGAGAGCAGGCUCUCAUCGGUUCAUUUUAAUAAUAAUUCUACUGAUGUUAAUAAACCUGCAGUCAGAAAUGGAUAAAAUUUCUUAUACAGAAAUUAAUAUAUUAUAGAUAAUUUAGUUAACAUUUUUAUGGAUGAAAAAUCAAAUCUUAGUACUUAUUGCUAACAAUUUAUUUAGUAGUUAUUAUUAUUUAUAAGCAUUUUUGUUAAGCUAUUUUUGAUAAUAGAAUUUACGAUUAUUACUAUUUUAUAAAUACGUAGUAAAAAUAUUUUAAUGAUUUAAAAAUGUUUCUUUGUUUUUGCUUAUUUCCAAAGCCUAGGCU